AACGUCAUGUGGUAUAGGUUAAGUGAUUUUUUUCGUUAUUUAUUUAUUAAAUUUUAACAACUAUGUGGUCUUUCUUUGUAAGAGAUUCCUCCAAAGAUUUUCCUUAUGAAAUUGUUGAUCAAACAUAUAAUUUAGAAAAUAGAAGUAUAUGGAAAUUACACAAAGCAAAGAAAAAAGGUUCAAAUGAUGACGUCUCUGUGUUUAUAUUUGAUAUUAAAAACAAUACCGAAUACAAUUUGGAAAUAGCAAAAGCGACAAUUAAACGGUUAAAGACCCUCAGACAUCCUAGUAUACUGCAAUAUAUAGAUAGUUUGGAAACUGAGAAGAACUUAUAUCUUGCUACUGAGUUUGUUGAACCUUUUGCUAUGCACAUCGCUGGUUUACAAAUUGAAAAACGUCAACAAGAUAUGUACAAAGCCUGGGGUUUGUUUCAAAUUACGCGAGCCUUAUCAUUUUUAAAUAAUGAUGGUAACUUGCAACAUAACAAUGUUUCAUCUUGGUCUGUGUUUAUAAAUACUUCAGGUGAAUGGAAGCUAGGAGGGUUUGAAUAUAUAUGUGCUGUUGGUGUAGUACAUGACAAAAUACCAAUUAAAACUUGUAUAGACCUAGAUGUAUAUGAUCCACCAGAAAAAGCUGUAAAAUAUAAACAUUCAACAAAAAGUUCUUCUGAUAUGUGGGGAUUAGGUUGUCUGAUAUGGGAGGUUUAUAAUGGUCCUCUCAAAAAUAGAGUAAAUUUAAAAGAUGUGAACUGUAUUCCAAGAAGUUUAAGAUCGUUGUAUACUGAAUUAAUAAGCAACAAUCCAUCUGAUAGACCAAACCCUGCUGAUAUUAUAAUUAGAUGCCAAAAAACAGGUGGAUAUUUUAAGAAUGACCUAAUCGAUUCUUUACUAUUUUUGGAAGAAAUACAAAUAAAAGACAAAGCAGAUAAAAAUAAAUUUUUUUCAACUCUCACAACUCAAAUUGAUUUCUUUCCUGAAAAUGUUUGCAAGUAUAAAAUAUUACCCCAAUUGAUAACUGCUUUUGAGUAUGGUGAAGCUGGUUCCGCAGUUCUGGCACCAAUGUUUAAACUUGGUAAAUUGUUAGACGCAGAUAAUUAUCAAAAAUGUAUUGUACCAUGUGUUGUACGUUUGUUUGCUUCUACGGAUCGUGCAACAAGAUCUCGUCUAUUACAACAACUUGAUCUUUUUGUAGAACAUUUACUGCCAGCUACUGUUAAUGACCAGAUUUUUCCGCAAGUAGUGAAUGGUUUUCUUGAUACAAAUGCAACAAUAAGGGAGCAAACUGUAAAGGCAAUAGUUCACUUGGCUUCAAAAUUAAGUUAUAAUAAUCUUAAUGUAGAGGUAUUACGACAUUUUGCUCGUUUGCAAUCUCGCGAUGAUCAAAGUGGAAUCAGAACGAAUACUACAGUAUGUCUCGGUAAGAUAGCGGCACAUUUGAAUCCUCAAGUUCGACAGAAAGUUUUGAUAUCAGCAUUUGUUCGAGCUACCCGCGAUCCAUUUCCUCCAGCUAGAACAGCAGGAGUGUUAGCUCUUGCAGCAACCCAGCAAUACUAUCUACUAUCAGAUGUGGCUGGACGCAUAUUACCAGCACUAUGUCCCCUUACUGUAGAUCCAGAACUUUCAGUGCGAGAUCCAGCAUUUCGCACACUGAAAGGGUUUCUGGGAAAAUUGGAACGAGUUUCACAAGAUCCCACUUUAAAAGAAACUAUGGAAGCGGAUGUGAAUGCUGCAACACCUGCGGUUGGAAAUGCAGCAUCAACAUGGGCAGGUUGGGCUGUUACUGCCGUUACAUCCAAAUUUUAUCGAAGUCAAAAUGACAGUGGUCGAUCUCCCAAUCAUCCUAAUCAACAGCUUCCUGCUAAUUCACUGAGAAAGUUCAAUUUGUCUGAUGAACACAAAGGUGAUAAAGGUGAAAAUUUACCAAAUACUACUAUUUUAGUCACUCCUUUAGAGAACGUAGGAAAGGAUAGCAGCGAUUCCACAAAUGAAAACUGGGAUUCUACCGGCUGGGAUUGCAUGGAGAAUUCAGAAAAUACUUCAUUUUCAUCCAAUAAUCCAUCAGUUGGAAAACUAUCAAUGACUACAUUACCAGUAGAUGCAGAAGAUGGUUGGGACACCUCCGAAUGGGGUUGUAUUGAAGAUGAACCUGAAAUCGAUAAAAAAAGUGAUGACAAUUUGAAUAAUUGGUCUUCAGGAAAAUGGACUGAGGGGGAUUCUGACCGAACAGAAAAACAUUCUUCUGAUGAUAUAAUUGAAGACAAUUCCAAUAUUAGUGAAAAAAGAAAGUUACAAAAACAACGCAAACCUGCUUGUAAGAAAGAAAUAAGGGGUCCUUUAAAGCUUGGACAAAAAAUUCAAUAAAGUUUGACAAAAUUUAUU